AUGUACACGCAGAUCGUUAACGUCAUCACGGUUACAAUGCUGCCGGCUGCUACUUUAGAUUUGUUCAAUUCAUUUUCGAUGGGCUUCUGGCUGCUGCAGUUCAUGUGGAUUACUCCCUACGUCCUUCAUGCGGUAAACUAUGCUGUCAUCGUCCACACUCUGAUCUUUCGUGGCCAUCGGAACAUCAUACAGAUGGAGCUGCACCAUUUGAGUGUUAAAUUGAACCGCGAGAUGGGCCGUGCCGGAAAGCAGAUGAACUCGACGUUACGGAGUGGCUUUAUGAUUUUGAUGUCUAUCGUACACUGCUACUUUGUGUCGUUCUGGAAAGUUGCUAUAGGAUAUGACUUCGUGAACCAGCAACUGGAGGAGCUCAUCUCCACACGCUCGCCGCUAACAUCUAGAUACGCGGAGGAGCUGCGAAGUCUCCACGCCAGUCUCAGCCUCACAGCGCACAAGACAAACAGGAUCUACGGCCGCCAGAUCUUCUUUUCUAUACGCACAAUAGACUUUUUUAUGACCGACUAUAUAUGCGAUUUGGUGGCUCAGUACCAGAGCAUGUCAAAGGACACGGCUAGCGAGGGCGUCAUGUCCAACGAGCUAUGUGCGUAUGUGAUCUACCAAAACAGCAUGGAUCUUAAUUUGAAGAUUUGCGGUCUCUUCCCAGCCAAUCGAAAGCAUUGGCUUAACAUGAUGGCAUGUAUCUUAGGCAACUCAACGGUGCUCCUGCAGUACCAUCUGAUGAUGUCCGGCAAAGAGGAAAAGUAA